AUGCCUUCCCAGAGCUUCAUGUUACGGACACUGCUCCUGUGGCUCGCGUUCACGAUCAGCAGAGUCGUCUCGGCACGGGAUACCCCGGAGCAGUCGUUGGACUUCGGUUACCUUCAGGGUCUCAUGCAAUUAGUGACAGGCCGGAACAUGACCGCCCAACAGAGACCCCGGUUCCGCAAGGUCCAGAGCUUCCGCACCGACUAUGCCCCGACGACCAUCACCCAGUAUGAGUCGGAGAGAAGCGGCAUGCAGGUCAUUGUGGCCGACCGCAAAGGGCCCAAGAUCAACGGCUACUUCACCCUAGCCACCGAGAUCUUUGACGACUCGGGCGCUCCCCACACCCUCGAGCAUCUUGUCUUUAUGGGCUCCAAGAGCUACAAAUAUAAGGGACUGCUGGACAAGUUGGCCGGCCGAGCUUAUUCCAACACCAACGCCUGGACCGCCGUCGACCACACAGCCUACACGCUCGAGACGGCAGGGUGGGAGGGCUUCGCCCAGAUCCUCCCCGUCUACCUCGAACAUGUUGUCGUCCCCAACAUCACUGACGAUGCCUGCGUGACCGAGGUCCACCAUAUUGAUGGCGAGGGUAAUGAUGCUGGUGUCGUCUACUCCGAGAUGCAGGCUCUUCAAUACAGCAGCAACGAGCUCAUGGAUCUGCGGGCUCGCCGACUGCUAUACCCGGAAAACAUUGGGUUUAGAUACGAGACCGGUGGCAUGAUGGAAGCACUCAGAGUUCUGACCCCACAACGUAUCCGAGAGUUCCACAAGGCUAUGUACCAGCCUCAGAAUCUCGCCAUCGUUAUCAUCGGCGAAGCUGACCACGACGACCUCUUGAGGAUACUGGACGACUUCGAGGAAAGCAUCAAGGAUGACAUCCCACCUCCGGAUCCCCACUUCAAGCGCCCUUUUGUGGAUUCAGCCCAGCCGCCGCCACUAGAGAAGACCAUCGUCGAGACGGUCGAGUUUCCCGAAGAAGACGAGUCGACGGGUGAGAUCGUGGUGGCUUUCUUCGGCCCCAGCUGCAUCGACCAGAUCGAGGGGACAGCCGUGAACAUUAUCAUGACAUAUCUUUGCGGAUCGUCCGUAUCGGUCAUCGAGAACGUCAUGGUCGAGAAGGAGCACCUUGCGAGCUCAGUUUCAUACUGGUGGGACAGCAGGCCAAACUCGGUUAUCUGGUUCCAGCCAACUGGUGUGGCUACCGAGAAGCUCGCCUUUGUUGAGCAACGCCUCAUCAAUCUUCUCAAGGAGGUCGCAUCGAAGCCCCUUGAUAUGGGUUACAUCAAAGAGUGCCUGCAGCGCGAGAAACGUCAAGUGAAGCUCCAAGCUGAAGGCUCGGAGGGAUUCUACGCCACUAAUAUCAUUACCGACUACCUCUUUGGGAAGCGCAAUGGUGCGACCUUGAAGGAACUAUCUUCACUGAGCGAGUACGAUAUCCUUGAUGGCUGGACCGAAGAUCAAUGGCGAGAAUUCUUGAAGAAAUGGAUCUCAGAUGCCAACCACAUCUCCAUCUUGGGCAAGCCGUCCAUGGAGCUCGCCAAAACCCUCAAGGCGAACGAGGAGGCGCGGCUGGCCAAGAGGAAGGAGGAGCUCGGUAAAGAAGGUCUAGAGAAGCUGAGCGAGAAGCUCGAGAACGCCAAGAAGAACAACGACAAGCCGAUUCCGCCCGAUGUGCUCGAUCAGUGGCCAGUUCCCGGCACCACAUCUAUCCACUUCAUCGAGUCUGAAACGGCGAGGUCGGGCAAUGCUCGGAAUUUGGGCGUGUUGGAUAACGCCGCUCAGAAAGCCAUCGACGCAGCACCCCAAGGACUGCCGCUGUUUGUGCAGUUCGAGGAUGUUCCCACCGGUUUUGUGCACCUUACUGUCCACCUGGGCAUGUCGCAGACCCCUAUCAAGUACAAGCCGCUCCUACCUCUGUUCGCCGACAUCUUCUUCAACUCCCCGGUGACAAAGGAUGGCCAGCGUAUCGAGUUCGAGGAAGUGGUCAAGCAACUAGAGAAGGAUACGAUCAGCUACCACAUCAGCUCGUCUUCCCGGUUGGGCGACUACGAGGGUGUGGCCAUCCAGUUCCGGCUCGACCGCGAGAAAUACACUACCAUCAUCAGCUGGCUGCGAACCCUGAUGUUCGACAUCAUCUUUGACCCUGUCAGGAUCAAGGCGGCCAUUGUCAAGGCGCUUGCGGAUAUCCCGGAGGCGAAGCGAGAUGGACGCAUUAUGGCUCACGAGGUCGAGAUAGCCAUCCACUUCGAGCCCGAGUCGUACCUCGCGGCGAAACGGACGCUGGUCAAGGCCGUGUAUCUGCGCCGCCUGAAGAAGCUGAUCGAAAAGGAGCCCGAAACCGUGGUCUCGUGGUUCGAAGAGCUGCGCAAGAGCCUCUUCACCUUCGACAACAUGCGGGUCCUCGUGACCGCGGACAUCGCCAAACUCGACAACCCCGUCGCCGCCUGGGACGCCCUCACCAAAAACCCCCACCUCAACCCAACCAAGGACGUCAUCCCCCUCACCAAGCUCUUCUCGCUGCUCAGCCCGGAGGGCCAGAAGCCCGGCGUCUUCGGCAGCGUCGUCAUCCCCAUGACGACGCUCGACAGCUCGUACAGCGUUAGCACGGCGACGGGCUUCACGUCGUACUCGGACCCGCGGCUGCCGGCGUACCUGGUCGCGCUCGGCUACCUCGAGGCGGUCGAGGGCCCGCUGUGGAACGCCGUCCGCGGCAACGGCCUCGCUUACGGCGUGUCCUUCUCGCGCGAGGUUGACGCCGGCUACAUCCAGUUCCGCGUCUACCGCUCCCCCGACGCCAGCAAGGCCAUCGAGGCCAGCCGCGCCACCGUCGCCAAGCUGGCGUCGGGCGAGGUGCCCCUCGACCGCCACCUGGUCGAGGGCGCCGUUAGUGGGGUUGUGUUUGGCGCUGCUGAUGAGCAGGCUACCAUGGCUGCUGCCGCACAGCAGAACUAUGUUGUUGGUGUUGUCCGGGGCCUGGAGCCUGGAUGGAACCGCAAGAUCCUGGCGCGCGUGAGGGAUGUGACGGAGGAUGAGAUCCGCGCUGUUAUGAGGGAGGUUAUCAUGCCUGUGUUUGAGCCGGGGAAGAGUAACGUGGUGGUGACGUGCGCGCCGAUCAUGGAGGAGAACAUGGUCAAGGCGCUUGGUACUGCUGGGUACAAGACCCAGGUGCAGACGCUGUCGCAUUUUUAUAACGACUAUGGGCUGAAGGCGGAUGAGGAGGAAGAGGAGGAGGAGGAGGAAGAUGACGAAGACGAGGAGAUGGAGGAUGGAUCUGAGGGGUCGGGGUCGGGUGAAGAGUCGGAUUGA